AUGCUCAGCGGGCAAUACAACGUCGUUCCCAUGUUCAUGUUGGUCCAACGAAACCACGAACGUCUCAACUUGGACUUCCACGAGUCGCUCGCUCGGACUGAGGUGGCCAUGGCGGGCGCCCUCCUCGCCGCCGCCGCGCCGCAGACGAGCAAGGCGGCCGCAGCCCUGGCGCGCGAGACACAGCAGAGGGCGAGCCGCCGCUCCGUCGCCUCCGCGUGGCUGGCGGCGCUCCUGUUCGCCAACGCCGCCAUCUUCGUCUUCAAGUUCCGCGUCUACCUGAGGCGGCCCGACGCGACUGGCCUGAUGGGCCACGGCGUCAAUUGCGCACGUGCCUUUGGGCAGUGCGCGAUGCUCAACACCGCCCUCCUCCUCGCCGCCGCUUGCCGCCGCUCGGCGACUUGGCUGCGCGCCGCCUUCCCAGCCCUAGAGCGGGUUGUACCCUUUGACGCGGCGAUGGGCGGGCACGCGGUGGCGGGAGCGGCGCUCCUCGUCUCGUCGGCCGGCCACGUGCUCGCGCACGUCUACAACUUCUUCCGCUACUCGGCAGCCCCGACACCGGUCUGGGAGGGCUCCGUCCUCGGGCAGCGCAGCGGUCUGCCGCCGCAGCCUCGCUACGCCGACGUGCUGCUCAGCCGACCGGGGUGGACGGGCCACGCGAUGGUACUGCUCAUGCUCCUCGCGUACCCGCUGGCGCGCCUCUCCGUCCGGCGCGCGCACUUCAACCGGUUCUGGUGGUCGCACCAGCUGCUCCUGCUCUGGACCCUGCUCCUCGUCCUCCACGGCCGCACCGCGUGGCUCGAGCCGUCGCAGGCGCUGUCGUGGGUCGGCCUGCCGCUCGGCGUCUACCUGCUCGAGCGCGCCCGACGCUCCGUCGGGCGAGAGGUGGCCGUCGCGCGCGCCGAUUGCGACGGCGGAGGCGCGGUGAGCAUUGAGCUCGCCCCGCCCGCCGCCUUCUCCUUCGUGGCGGGGCAGUACCUCAAGCUCAACGUGGCCGCGAUCGCGCGGCACGAGCACCCCUUCACCAUCGCAAGCGCGCCAGGCGAGCCGCGGCUCCGACUCAAGGUGCGCGGCGUGGGGGACUGGACCGACGCGCUGAGGGGCCUCGCCCUCCGCGGCGACCUGAGGAGCGUGAGGAUCGACGGGCCGUAUGGCGCGCCAGCGCAGCGGUACCGCAACUACCGCCGCGUCGUCCUCGUCUCGGCCGGCGUCGGCGUCACCCCCUCCCUCUCGUGCCACCUUGUGUGGACCACGCGAGAGCCCGCCUGGCUCGACUGGCUCGGCGACGAGGUGUACUCGCUCCGCGGCAGAGGGGGCGGCGAGGAGGUGGGCGUCUUUGUAUGCGGGGGCGCGGCCCUUGCGGCAGAGGUUGAGGCGGAGUGCAGCAGGGCCGGCGCGGGCUUCCGGUUCCACAGCGAGUCGUUCUAG